AUGUCCAAGUGCAGAGUUUUCACCUUCUACAACCACGGAAGCGGGCCUGUUCCUCAAUGGUCCCAAUAUCAGAACCCCCGCGAGGAGGAGCGGCGACUGAAGGAUCUAGGAAAGUCAUUUGCCAUUAUCCGCCGCGUAUCAAGGGUUAACGGAGCCUGGGUUGCAUCCGCCAUCGAAGUGCAGUGCCCUCUAAUUCGGACCGCCCUCGAUGUUGUUUUCAAGGACUACCCAGACUGGUAUCCUGAUGCAAGUCCCUACGUUUUCACACCGCCGUUCGCGCCGUUUGUCCAUCGAUGGUAUGAAUUCAACCUAUACUGCGACACAGUACGCCAAAGGGCGCCGGCGUCGGACAUUUUGAAACAUCUCCUCUUACUAAGAGAUGAGCUGAAGGGUCGAACUACCAACGAUUUAGCGACCCUGAAGUUGGUGGAGGAGACCCGAGCAGUUUCCUUUAACAACAUCUGGCUCGUCCUCGCCCCUGGCCGUCUCAUGCUGUCGGAAAGGGGUGGGAAGCCUGAGGUGUUCAAGCUGGUCCAGGCUGUCUUUCGCCCCGGGUCGCACGGUGAAGAGGAUCAGUACAUGCUCACCCUUGCUGCUGUUGACUGGAACGGUAGCAGCACUGCUGUUCGGAUCGUCGCCCAAGGUAUCAAGAAGUACGAAAACACGAUUUCCGUGGGGAAACUGCCGGUGGUUCCGGCCGACCUUUCCAAGGGCUGGGACAAACUGCGUCCAUUGGUACUGUCUCGAGGCAGGAGGUUUGAAGCCCUCCGUGGGUUCCACCUAAAAGCGUACACCGGAUCAAAGUACUCGUGGAGGUUGGCUCCAACCGGCACUCGAAUGGUGGAAAUGGCGAGCCCUGUCUCUGGUCGGAUCGUUAUCGACACGUACGCGUACCACAGGAUUCAACAAACUGAGAACAUUGUCAAAGAGUGGGCCCCGCUUCAGAUUCUCCGCGAGCCUAUGAAUGGCAUGUCUGUAGGCCGUCUUAGGGGCUCUCUUAUGCUUGAUCGCGCCCAAGGGGCUGCCAACCCGUCCAUGGAAGGCGGCCGAGGAGAAGAAGUAUUUACUCCGUUAACUGACGAGGAGUGUAUCAUUACGCCUUCCCGAGUCAAAGGUUUUGAUCUAGCUACCAACGAGUGGUGCGAAUUCGACAUUGACAGCAUCAGGGAUAUUGUUUGGGACCCGGCACCCUAUGACAAUUUGGUGCUUCCAGAAGGCGAGAAGGAUUUGAUCCGCGCUUUCGUCAACCGACCGAAGAUUGACAAUUUUGGGUUCGAUGAUUUUGUUGCGCACAAAGGGCAAGGAAUCAUCAUUCUACUCUGUGGGCCUCCAGGUGUCGGAAAGACCUUGACAGCGGAAGCAUUGGCUGAAAAGUCUCGCGUGCCUCUGUACACGCUGAGCGCAGGCGACCUCGGCACUAAAGCCGACACAGUCGAGAAAGGUCUCAUGAAAGCACUUGAUUGCUGCCAGCUCUGGAACGGAGUACUGCUCAUCGACGAAGCGGACGUAUUCCUUAAGUCCAGAGAUAUGGCUGCUGCAUCGCACCGAAAUGAACUCGUGUCUAUUUUCCUUCGUCGCUUGGAAUACUACCGAGGUGUCAUGUUCCUCACCACGAACCGCCUCCCCGAUAUUGACACCGCGUUCAAGUCGAGGAUCGAUCUCAUCAUCCCGUAUUCGGACCUAGACGCGCCCUCACGUCGUAAGGUCUGGGUAAACUUUAUCCAGAAGCUAAAACCUGGCACUGCGCAGGUCAGCGAGCGUGACUUUGAUCAACUGGCCGAGACGCCGCUCAACGGAAGAGAGAUCAAAAACCUGAUCAAAACCGCUUUGGUGCUUGCUCAUCGGGAUCUGCCUCUGCGGCUCAAGCACCUCGAGGUAGUGCUUGACAUUCGCAAGCGAGUUGCUGACAUGGAUGUUGCGGAUGCUCAGCGUGAUGCGAACGGUGGGGAUAAUGAGGAUGAUGGGUAUGACGACUAUGAUGACUAUGAUGACUAUGAAGAGAAUGAUACGGAGGACCCCUGCCACUGCGAGUAG